AUGAGGAGUGCCCUGCUGUUCGCAGUCAUCCUGGCCCUUGGUCUGGCUCAGACCUUUGGGGCUGUCUGUGAAGAGUCACAGGAACAGGUGGUGCCUGGCGGGAGCCACAGCAAGAAGGACUCGGAUCUUUACCAGCUGCCCCCAUCGUUGCUGCGGAGACUCUUUGACAGCCGCCCUGUCUCCCUGGAAGGAUUGCUCAAAGUGCUGAGCAAGGCUAGCGUGGAUCCUAAGGAAUCAUCACUUCCCCAAAAACGUGACAUGCAUGAUUUCUUUGUUGGACUUAUGGGCAAGAGAAACAGCCAGCCAGAUAAUCCUACUGAUUUGAAUCCAGAGAACAUCCCCAGCUUUGGCACCCUCAAGUAUCCCCCCAGUGCAGAAUAA